ACGACGAGAACAAGGGAGGCUGAAAGGAAUGGUACGCCCGCGAAAGAUAAUUGUGGCGCUACCUACUUGCAGCUGGUUGAUUCCUCCACUCGCUUCCUCCACGCGUGAGGCACCCGAAUGAACACGAACCAAACUCUGCAAAGCGAAGCGGAUAUGUCACCAACGAACGACUUGAAGUAAAUCUAAUGUAUCCCAGAAAUCCUUGCAGGAUGUCAUUGGGACCGGGGAUUCCCCAACAAGUGCCGCUCAUGCGUGAGAACUGUUGAGUGUGAUGGUUGCGUUGAGCUGUCCGGAGAAUGAUCUAAAAUCAGUCACAGAGUGUACAGCAGAUAUGGAGACGUCCCUGUCACCUAAUCUUUCAGUCAAUGAGAAAGACAUCAGCAGAAUGGGUCUAGUGUCUGGUCUGAUCAACAAUGAAAAAAUUACACCAGAUGACAAGAAAACCUCUUCUGACUUCCCAAGCAGUAUCAGUGGUGAUUUGCCUAGAUGCAUCAGUUUUGAUUGUGGUAACAUUAAGUGCUACAACUAUGGUAUGUCAACGAAAUUCAAGUUAAUAAAAAAUGGAAUGGAGCUCAAAGAUGUGACUAGGAAUGCAUUUCGCCUGAUGCAUGAGAUGGUAACACAGCAUGGCCGGUCUCAUCUGGUUGGACUCUUGUCAGAUGUCUUCACAGCCUGUGAUGCAUUGCUUGAUAGGGUACAGCUCGGAUGCGUUAAGUUCGUACUACGGUUCAACACUCGGGAGGGGCUGCAGAAGCUGUGGGAUAUGUACUCAUCCGGGGAGCUCGCUGAGAGGAUGACGAGGGCUCUUGUCACUGAUGAACUUGUGCCUGGUGACAAGACCGACAUAGCUGUUCUGCCGUCGAUUGACCAGAGUGACUUUGAGGCAGGCAUGAAGUUUUUUGAUGAACUGGAACAAGCUGAAAAAGAAGUAGCAGAGGAAGAGAGACGCCAAUUUAAAACUGAGAAGGUGACAUUACCUGAAGACCAGGGGAGUGUUGGAUCAGACCAAAACCAACCUGGCACCUCAGAGAUGAGCAAGGAACAAGCAGCAGACACAGCUGAAGAUCCUAUGGAUAAUUCUGAUGGGUGAUAAAAUGCUUCUUGGCAUAUCAACACUUCACUGUUUGUAAUUCAAAGAAAUGUCAUCGCAAAAGAAAGUGCCCUUAUUUUCCUCAGCGGUUGCUAUGAUUCUUGAAAUGAUCGAGCUGCCAACUAGUGGUAACAAAAAACCAAAAUCAGUUCUUAGUAUAAACACUUUUCAGAUACGUUUGACAUAAGAAUACCAAACUUAAAGAAAAGUGUGGAAAAACAAUAAUAUAUUCAAUCAAUUUUCAGUAAAAAGAACAAGUAUGUUGUAGCGUGUCCUACUGAUAGGGUUCUGACGCUUACACAGACACACACAGCUAACCACAAAUCGCCGUUCUGGCCAAGAAACCUUGGUUUUAUUUCUUUUACGUUGCAACACUGUGUCAAUCCAAAGCUCUAGACAUGAGGCGUCUAGGCGGGGACUGCGCAGGCACGAGGCGGGAAAACCGUGGGCCGUUCGCAUACCAGCGGAGGCAGGCAGCUAGCUCCCUGUGGGUCCGAGCUGGCGCCCCCACCGGCCGGACCCGCUGGCGCUACAAUAUGUAUACCAUUAUUCAGUUCUACUGUUGGGGAAAUACAUUCACCUUAACUAUUCGUUUUAAUACGUUUGUAGUACUUUUUUCCGUGUUGGUAGUUUGGUACUUUUCAACUAUGCUUUACAAGUACAAAAAUCAUGAUAAAAGAUUAUUUAAGCGGGAAAGUAAAGUGUCAUUCUUGAUCAGAUUAAGUUGGCUGAGGGUUUGAAAGGUUGAGAUGUCCCAUGAAUUAAUGUACAUGAACUAUUUUUUACCACUCGGUUUCAGAAAGAUGAACAUCAUUGGCAAUAUGUAAUUGCUUCCCUGUUAUGUGUAGUGACUUUGAUGUGAAAAUUAGUCAUGUUUGGAAGCAUAUCGGUCAGCGGCUUAUUCAGGUUUUGGUACCAGGUGGCAAAUUCAAAAGCGAAUGCGGCUUUGGGCUCAUUAAUUAAAAGUAAUGUUGGGGAGAAAAAUAUCAAAGCCUUACUAACAGUCCUGACAUGCUUGCUUUUAUUUUGUGGUGUUGUUUUCUUAGGGUUUUGGUGCAAUAUUAUAUAAAUAAAUAUUUGACAUAUAAACAUGGAAAAGUGGGGGGGGGGGAAUCUGUCGGGGGCAAUUUCCCCCGUCACCCCUCACUCCCAGCUUGAUCCACCACUGAUAUUGAUGGGAUGGAAUGUUUCUUUGUAAUGAUACCAUAUUAUAUUUAGAUCAUUAUAUUACAAGUAGAAUCCCUGGAAUUUGAAAGUACUAAAGUUUUUCCAUAAAGAUGUUUAUUGUCAUUAAAGGACUACUUUGUUUUAACUUUAAUUUCUGUACUUCGGGUGUUACUUCUUUGCAAAAGGCAGCCACGGCAGCAUAUGUUUCCAUCCAAGAAGAACUAAAAUAAAGUUUAGUCGAUAACAGGCUUUGUAAUUAGCUUUGAAUGCAAUAAUGAAACUUGCCAACUCUAAUGGAAUGAAUUUUCUGCCCCCAUUUUCUUUUGAAAUCCUAAUUCCCCCAGAAUCAGGUCAUACAUUUUCUUAAAUGUGUGGGUUGCUUGGCAACGCGUGUGGACAGGUUGGUAUAGCAGAACUUGCAACCAACCACUAGAGUUCUUGGUGAGGAGAAGCAGAUAAAUUCAGUAGCCAGUGAUCUUCCACUUCACUCGACUGCUGGACUGAACUGAGACUCUGUUCUAUUGUCUGUGAUUUUUCCUUCCAUCGAAUUUGCCAUACUUACAAAUUCGCCCCUGCCCUGCUCUAGGCAAGGACAUCACCAGAGUAAGCCUGUUGAGCAGCACAUGCAUAUGCUGCUGGACAGCGGGUGGCUCGGACCUGAGCUACAUGAACUCUACGUUCCAACACCUGACUUAGUCAAAGGAAAGGAGAGACCGUGCAUUUGAGCCCUGAACAGCAUCUGCACUUAGCCUAACACAUCUUCGUCAUCCCUUCAAGCCACGUUACUGCAAGUCCUUAUCGUCACCAGAUCUACAGCUACACUGAUGUGCUUGCGAAGUCAAGACAAGCCAACGUCAAGUCAUCCCCAACUUCAAAGCACAGAUCCUAUCACAGAUCGUCUUCAAGCUAGACCCUUAAUUAUUUUCCUUGGGUUUUUCUCUUUAUUAAAUAUAUGUGAUCUCUAAAGUGAGAAAUUUGUACUUGUCGUACUCUUUUCACUAUCUUAAACAAAUCAAUUCUCACUGGUUGGCUGAUAAUAAAAAGGCAUACUAGUAAACAAAUAAAUAAUGCAGGCAGGUGUUAUGAUUCUCAUAUUUAUGCCCGCUAGAUGUUGAUCGAAAUGUAAUGUAGUAAAUAAACAUCGCCUAGAUUUGCUCUUACUAGGAAAGAC